AUGAGUACAAUACAAAACCUCAAGAACUUCAUCCGCCAUGGGAAACAGGCCCGUAUGUCUGUUGCCCAUGGUGAGCCUACCACCAACGUCACAGCCGUCCACGCAGAAUCCCAACGGAAACAGCAGCCGCAGUAUCAGCCCGGCAUGGCCACCGGUACCCUUGAUGCUAUCGAUCAACAUCAACGCUCGAAUAAGGCCGCAUCGGUCACCACUACAAAGAACCAGGCCAGAGCUCAUGAGCAGGAGAUCGAGCAGAUUAUUGCGGAGGAGAAGCUCAACCGUUCCAAGCUGCCUACCUACCCCGGCCUAGAACGAUACAUACUUGUUGAGAAGAUGGGUGAUGGUGCCUUUAGCAACGUCUACCGCGCGCGAUACAAGUCUGGACAGUCAGGGGAAGUUGCUAUCAAGGUCGUCAGGAAAUUUGAGAUGAGCUCCAAACAGCGUGCGAGUAUACUGAAAGAAGUUCAAAUAAUGCGCCAACUUGACCAUCCAAACAUAGUCAAAUUGAUAGAAUUCUCGGAAUCACCCCAAUUCUACUACAUCGUCCUCGAGCUAUGUCCCGGGGGAGAGUUGUUCCACCAGAUCGUUCGUUUGACCUAUUUCAGUGAAAAUCUAGCCCGCCAUGUUAUCGUACAGGUGGCAAAGGCGAUAGAGUAUCUGCACGAGAAAUCCGGUGUUGUUCAUCGUGACAUAAAACCGGAAAACUUGCUUUUCUAUCCAGCGCCAUUCACUCCCACCAAAAACCCCAAGCCACCAGCCCCAGGUGACGAAGACAAGGUUGACGAAGGUGAAUUUAUUCCUGGAAUUGGGUCCGGCGGCAUCGGAGUGAUCAAAGUUGCAGACUUUGGCCUAUCAAAGGUCAUCUGGGAUAGCGAAACCAUGACCCCCUGUGGUACUGUCGGCUAUACCGCCCCAGAAAUCGUCAAAGAUGAGCGCUACUCUAAAUCUGUCGACAUGUGGGCGUUAGGAUGUGUACUCUACACUCUGCUAUGUGGAUUCCCGCCCUUUUAUGACGAAUCUAUACAAGCACUGACCGAGAAGGUUGCGCGUGGACAAUACACCUUCCUCUCCCCCUGGUGGGACGACAUAUCUAAAUCUGCGCAGGACUUGGUUUCACAUCUCCUCACCGUUGACCCUGACAAACGUUAUACCAUAAAAGAGUUCCUUGCACACCCCUGGAUUAGAGAGACAGACGAAGAGACUACUGCCGCUGAUGAUGCCCCUCCACUUGCCACUCCUCUCGUUUCCCAUAACAAGAUCCUUGAAGCGCCACUUGCUGGUAUUGAUCCCAAUGCUCGUCGCGCUGACUUCCGCUCCCCCGGGGCUAUGAACCUACGCGAGGUCUUUGAUGUCGGCUAUGCUGUUCACAGACAAGAGGAGGAGGCUAAACGUCGCAAAGCUGGCUUCAAAGUCGGAUACCGAGGCGCAGCUCUCGAUCCCCUUAGUGAAGUCGAACCUGCCGAGCAACAAGAGUAUAGCGGUGAAGACUCUGAUUUACAUGGUUAUUACGACCAUGGAGGUAACCCCGUCCCAACCAUGCCUUACAACAGGGCUCAGGUAGGCCAACAACGGCAACAACCUACCGGAUAUAACCCCGACGUAGCUGCUGUUGAGAGCAAGUUACGCGGUACCAAUAUCAGUACAAGUCAACAAUCACAGCAAAUGAGCGCAGCUGCUCAAGCCCGUCGUGCGGCCGGCGCAACUGCUGCCAGGCAGCAACAACAGCAACAACGAGGCCGUCAACAAUAUCAACAGGGCGGCUAUGGCCAACACAGCGCAGCCGUAGCAGCUGCUGCCAGAGAAAAUGCAGCUCGAUCAGCACAACAGCCAUUCGAACUCAGCCUAGAUAAUGCCACAUUACUAGGAAGGAGAGGAAGGAGGAUGGCUGGGCAGCCCGUAUCUUGA